AAUAAAUAUGGAGGAGCACCACAUGGGCUGUGUGAACCUUUGUAGUCUCACGAGCAAUCUACCGGUGAUCUCCUAUCAAAAGCUGACGGAUUUACAUUACCUGAGCAAAGGUGGGUUCGGAAGCGUGUUCAAGGCACAGCAUUCCGAUUGGCGGACCACCGUUGCCAUCAAGUGCCUGAAAUUGGAUUCUCCUGUUGGCGAAAGGGAGAGGAAUUGCCUGCUGGAGGAGGCGGAAGUGCUCCACAAGGCCAGAUUCAACUACAUCAUCCAGAUCUUUGGCGUGUGCAACGAGCCUGAGUUCUUCUGCAUCGUCACCGAGUACAUGAGCAAUGGCUCGCUGGAUCAGCUGCUUCACGAGAAUAACCUUUACACCCUGCUGGCCUGGUCGUUGAGGCUGCGUGUCCUGUACGAGAUAGCUCUGGGGGUGAACUUCCUACACAACAUGACCCCCCCCCUCCUGCACCACGACCUCAAGACACAGAACAUUCUGCUGGAUGGAGAGUUUCAUAUCAAGAUAGCAGACUUUGGCCUGUCUAAGUGGCGCCAGCUGUCGAUCAGUAAAGGCUCGGGAUCCAAGCCACCCGAGAUGGGAGGCACCAUCAUCUACAUGCCCCCAGAGGAGUACGAACCCUCCAAGAACUGCUGUGCAGCCGUCAAACACGACAUCUACAGUUACGCUAUCAUUAUGUGGGAGGUGCUAUCCAGGAGGAUACCAUUUGAAGAGGCAACCAACCCCAUGCAGGUCAUGUUCAGCGUACUGCGUGGGAUACGUCCCGACAUAGGCCUGGACUGUCUGCCAGGGGACAUCCCCAGCAGGGAGACACUCAUCAACCUCAUGACCUGCGGCUGGACCGCCAACCCUGACGAACGGCCCUGCUUUCUCAUGUGUGUGAUAGAGCUGGAGGCAAUGCUGAGGAGGUUUGAUGAAAUCGACAUCCUGGAGGCCGUGCUGGAGGUCAAGAAGUCAAAGGGAAGCUCUGGCUCUGGGUCUUGCUCCUCCCAGGACACGGACAUCUCCCGACCGAGCUCCCUCACUAGCACCAAUGCCCCACCUUUUAAAGAAGUAUCCCUCACGUCGUUCAUGUCCCACAACCUGGAGCCCCUCAGAAAGCAGACCCUAGAGGACAACCACCUCAACGACUACCCCGAGAGUGCCAGGCCCCUGAAUAACCUCAAUAUUCCCCUCAAACCAGGUCUGCCGGAGACGGAGUGUGUGUUGCACCUGGACACCCUCACCCUGGAGUCACAGCCAUACCAACCACAGCCAGAUUUCACCCUGCUUUCAAACCCCCUCGGCCCCAGGCUGGGCCCCAUGGCAUGCUGGAUCGCGGCACGGCGCGAGGAAAUCGUCUCCAAGAUGACGGAGGCCUGCCUGAACCAGAGCCUGGACGCCCUGCUUGCGUGCUCUCUCCUGAUGCGUGAGGACUACGAGCUGGUGGUGAACCGGGCCACGCGCACUGCCAAGGUCCGCCAGCUCCUUGACACAUGCCACCGUCACAGCGAGGACUUCUGCCGUGUGGUGGUCCGCAAACUCAAGGACAACAAGCAACUGGGCCUGCAGCCAUACGCCCCAGAGCUCGGCUCCCUUGUGGCCGCACCAAACACCAGCACACCCCCACUCUCGGUGUCCGACAACAACCCAAGGAAUUACUAGGACAGAACUAGUCCAGAGAAGACCAGAGACCAGAAAGACUAUAAACUGUAAAAGACUUAGCCCAUUGAGCUACUGUAGGUGGUCGAACAAUACCCUACUGUCUCUUAGUCCUGGGUCAUUUUCAUUAGGCAACACAUGGAAGAAAACUCAAACUGAAUAGACUACCUGAAUGUUUUCCUUUGCACAAUUUGUUUGGAAACUUUUUUGCUACAGUGUGCCCUAAUGAAUAUGACCCUGGGUUUUUACUGUGAACUUUGACCUUAGUGGGGGAUGGUAAAGCCCAGCUGUCUCUCACAUUGCUCAUUGUGGUACCCACUCACACAGAGCAAUACUGUAUGUUGCCACUGUUCAUCAAACUGUUGAGCAAAAAGACUUGAAGGUAAAACUACCUUUUGAAAAACAAUAUCACAUCAUCUUCAGAAACAUUCCCGUUCUCUAAAAAGCAGAGGAUGGGUUGGGAUUGACAAUCAAAAUCCGUUAUUGCCAGUAUUUAAUCCAGGCUUUGAAUAAUUAUAUAAUUAAUAUAAUUCUAAUUAUAUUAUGGAUUUUAUGUCAUUUGUCUGGUAAAUAAUUUUGUUCUCUCAAAACAUUCCCUUUGUUCUGAGUGAUUGGGGUACAGGCCCUGGAGUCUUGAGUUCUGCUUCUAUGCAUCCUUCUGUUCUCUCCCCUCUGCACUGUUUUAUCCAGAGAAAUAUAUCCAGACAGACUGUAACAUCAUAGUCAUCUACAGUAUGGCUCUGGUUUUACUCUUAUUUUCAGUGGACAGUUUAGACUCCUCUGUAGCUCUCCAGGUCCGAUAAGAUACUCAACUGGAGUUCUGCCGUGUUGAGGUUACUGUGGCUUGGUCUCAACUGGAUCAACCCCCAUUCCCUUUCGUUUGUCCCCAAAAAAUUGCACUAAUAUCAUUGUAUUUUGGGUAUUUCUUUACCACUGCCUUUCCGAGCCAUGUUUUUAUUUCUCUUGUAGACUGUGCACUUUCUGUUCAUAGGAGCUUUAGUCGACAUAAUAUGGGCCAAAGCUGUUGAGGCCUUAUCUCUUUAUAUGAUAUGUACAUCCCCAUCGAGAAGAAAAAGAAACGCACACCUAUUAAGGCGAGGCGCUGGCUAGCGGAUUCGAAAACCUGAAAAUAAAGGAGAGCCGCACACCAUAGGAGCUCAGAUGCAAAAAAUAUCAUAUCCGACAGGGUAUAAUCAUCAGGGUAUAAUCAAACACUGCGAGAGGACUCGUUUAUAUUGUGUCAAAAGACACACGGGUGUCUGUAAUCAUGGCCAAGAGUGGCCUAAUAUCCAUUGGUUAAUUCUCAAAUAUUAAAAUUGCAUACAAAGAACAGCAUACAAAAAACAAAUGGAUAGCAUACGAUCAUAAAUAAAUUUUAGACUACACAGGCUUACAAACAAUUAUAAUGGCAAAGUCACAAUAAUCAGGUCUCACCGUAGACUUUGAUCUGAAGCCAUUAUUGUGACUUUGCCAUUGUAAUUGGCCACACCAGAUACUGACUGUUACU